AAUUCAACGGGAAAUAAAUGCCUGUGUGCAUGACCCCGCUUUGUUUUGCAGAAGAAAGAAGCUUUGCCACUUUACUACCGGUGCUAGCUGCGGUUGGGUUAUAUGCUGUGAUAUGUUGAUUCGUCACGUUUAUUUGAUAAGACAAGCUUUCGCGCAUUGAUAGCUUAUCUGUAAAAUUCCCUUGGUGGCUUGUUCACCUGCAGUCUGCCUGUUGAUGCGCAGCAUGCUUCAUUCCGGAGUUGGGUCCAAGUCUUCCUCGCAGCUGAGCUAAAAUGGACUACCGGGCGCGGGAGUACACGAACGGCGCGUUUGCGGCGGAAGAGGAGGCGAUGGCGCGCGGCCCGCGCUCCCGGGACCGCUCCUCGGAGCCCACCUCGUGGGUGCCGGUGGGCCUGUUCCCACCGGCGGCGGUCGGCCCGGCGACAGAUGGAGAGAUGGUCGAGCUGCAGGAGCGCACUAGCUCCAACGGGGAGGAGGAGUUUUACCAACACGGCCGGCAGUACUCGAGCUUCACCCAGACUCUGCUGCGAGAACUGCCCUCCCGAGCCCCCACAGGCGGCCGGACGCUGCGCCGCCGUCGCGGCAGCGGCUCUGACGUGGCGUACAACACGCUGAGGUCGGUCCACUCGUACGGAGGCACCAUCCGCGGCGCCAUCGACAUCGCCAGGUUCGGUGACGAUGUGGACGCCGUGGUGGACGAGAUCCAGCGCGGAGAGGGAGACAUGGUCGACGCCAACCUGGCCAGACAGGUCGAACUGAACACUCUGCGGGAACUGGAGCGGCCGCUGUCGUACAAACGUCAGGUGAAGCAGCGACUGGAGCAGCGGGACCGGCAGCAGAGCAGGCGCAUCGGCUUCUGGACGCAGCUCAGCAGCAACUUCCACUACUCACUGGUCCAGGUGGGUCGCGCCUUCUCGGACGCGUUCGAGUUUGUGAAGCUGUGGAAGGGCCACCUGCAGCGGCUGCGCGGCCAGCUGGGCAGCGGCGUGGCCACCUACUUCGAGUUUCUGGAGUCGCUGUUCUACCUCAAUCUCUUCACCAUGCUGGCCGUGGUGGGGUUCCUGAUGACACCCCAGCUGCUGCUGCGGACCCACGAGCCUCGCGAGGCCUUCGCCAGCGCUGUGGGCGUCUUCGUCAACCAGACGCCUCCUGGCAUGACGGCGUACAGCGGCAACCAGCCGUUCCACUUCGGCAACCUCUUCACCGGACAGGGCUGGCUGAACACGACUGAACUCUACUACGGUUUCUACUACCGGGCCGACGUAGCCCUGUUCGGGGGCCUGGUCUACAGCAUGCCCCGCGCCUAUUUCUUCACUGUCACAAUCUGUCUGGCCCUGCAGCUUGCCUUUCUGGCCGUGGUCACGGCCCGCCUGUACCGGUCCAACUUCAUCGAUGCCUCCAGCGUAUCGCGUAAUGUCUUCUUCAACAAGGUGCUGUGCAGCUGGGACUUCAGCAUUGCCUCGGAGAAGAUGGCCGGCCUGCGGCACAACGCCAUCUACAAUGAACUGAGGGAGAUGACGUGUGACCUGGUGCGCAAGCAGCGCUCGCUGGUGCCGGAGGACGGCCAGCCGCCGGGCCCCGGUAAGAUGGUCUGGGCCAUCCGCUGUCUGGUGAACUCUGUGAUUGCCGGCACGCUGGUCGGCGUCGGCUUCCUCACGAGGUACCUGCUGCAGCAACAGCAGAACGUGUCGCCCGGUUUCCUGCGGGUGGCGGCGUUUGCCGUGGUAGUCACCGUACUCGUGUACCUGCUUCCGUUCGCGUUCAGCGCUCUGGCGCAGCUGGAGCUCUACGGGCAGCUACGAUACCAGGUCUACGUCACUCUGGCUAGGACCAUCGUGCUGGAGGCUGUCAUCCUGGGCGUCACCAUCAGUUUUUGGCUGGAUAAACAGACGGGAAAACAGUGUUGGGAGAGCGAGCUGGGUCAGGUGAUCUACCAGCUAGUCAUCAUGGAGUUCAUCUUCACACUCGUACUCUCACUCCUGGGAGAGUUUGUCAGGAACCAGCUGUUCAGGGCGGGUCUGACGCGUAUCGGCCGUCCCAAAUUCGAGUUGGCCAGCAACACCAUGUUUCUGGUGUACUCGCAAACGCUCGUCUGGCUGGGCCUCUACUUCAGCCCCCUCAUCACCGUCAUCGGCACCGUCAAACUCUUCUGCUCGUUCUACGUCAAAAAGUUCAGCUGUCUGUCCAGCUGCGAGCCGGCGGCCAACUCGUGGCGCGCGGCACAGACGCGCACCGUGUUCCAACUGGUGGCCUUCGUUUCCAUGAUGGCGGCCAUGGCGGCCGUCGGAGUGGUCGUCUUCAAAGUGCGCAGCUCGUCGUCAUGCGGCCCGUUCCAGGAUCUGUCGCAGCCGUGGCAGGUGGUGACGGACAUCGUGGACCAGUGGAACGACCAGCUGGUCUACUACCUCUCCUACAUCACCUCGCCGGGGUUCGCCGUCUACGUCAUACUCAUACUCUGUAUCCUGGUGUACUUUGGCCGGAACCGGGCGCGCAUUCAGCAGCGUCGGGUGACCGCACUGCGGGGCCAGCUGCUGCUCGAGGCGCAGGAUAAACGGCUGCUGCUCAGGAUGAUCGACGAACAGUCGCGGAAACUGAGGGACUCGGGAGAUGACUCCCACGCGGCUCAGUCCAGCUCUGAUCAGUACGCCCGCUGAGCACUGGACUUUGGACAUCGUCUCAACAACGACCACUGAGGAGCACUGAAUGGGAGGAGUUAACAGUUACGACUGAGGAGCGAGAGGAUCGUAAACGGACGACUGAGGAUUGAAGAGUGGCGACUGAAAGGGCUUAGUCGGGACUGGCUCGGUCCUAUAAAGCAGCAGUGCAGUUCUUUCAUUUAACGUUAGAUGGCUAUUGACCACUCUUCAUGACACUGAGGCACCACCCGUCGAACUGUCUCGGUCUAUGUCAGAGUAGCUGCGAGACAGUCUCAGUCAAUAUCGGGAAAGCAGUGAGACAGUCCUAGUCGAUGAAUGAGAAGCUAUGCGGCCUUGUCAGUCAAAUUUGUCGAGUUUUGACAUGUAGGCAUCGCCUUGGUGGAACCCUAUUACGGAAGUGUCUUGCUGGAGUCUAUGGGAUCACGUAAGUUGACCGAACGCUUCGUAGCGUUUACGAGAGAAUCGCACAACGGCUAGCAAGUUUAUAUGAGGAUCAUCGAUAUUUUCUACAUCGCAAUAUUCAGCCGGCAGGUUGAUAUGUUGAUUCAAACAUGAUGAAGAAGAAGAUAUUUUAUAGAGAUUUUCUGGGUGGAUUCCGCUAAGAACGACGUGUCUGCGCGAGCAACAGAGUCUUCCGUAUCGGCAACUUAGUUGAAUUAUGUAUUGCAUUGUUACUGGUCACUUUACAAAGUGAGUCGCGUAUUCUGGUACUGAUUCUGAGCUUAGGAAUUCGGCUUUGAGGCAGAGAACUUAUGAAAUCGAAAUGGACAGGGAAUAUGUGACUUGUGAUUAUUUUGCUGGUGAAUAGUGGUGCCAUUCAUGUCGGUGAUUUAUUAGGAAAACGUUAAUCAAACGAACCAAAGAGGCUUUUGAUUCGAGCUUUUCAUAGCAUUUGUUCAGGGUAACCGUUGCAACGCUGCAUUGAAUGGGGCUUCAGUUGAAUGGUGUUGUGUGAAUACCAAGAUUGAUAUAUUUCAGACGUCGAUAUUGAAUGGAUCGUCAUUUGUAGUUUCUUUCAAUCUGUGUGUCUGGUGAUGGCACUUCAUUAUGUUCUGUCCUAAACGCUCAUACAUAGUUGUCAAUCGCUUUAGAUAUUAUCUUCGAACUUCUAGAUAUUGUGUUUGUGCAUGAUCAAGGAGCAUCGUGUUUGCUUUACGUAACAUUGAAACUUCUUUAAUUCGGAAACACGUAUGGCAUGUAUAGCAAGUUUUGUCGUGAUCUAUCUGAAUUUAGGAUACACCUGCAGCUAUGAGUGCCGCACUAUGUACUUUGUUCCCUGCUUUGCCGUUGUUCGUGCCUGUAUUCGUAUGUGAAGGCACGUAGAGAAUGCACAGGAGAAGUUUGUCGUUCCCUUUAUUGUACAGGGUAGCUGAGUAAAUUUUAACGACAUAUUUGAAGCUGUCGUUGAUUGUUGCACCCUGAGAUUUACGAUAGUAUUAUAGAAAAGCGCCGAGCGUUUUGUGGUAGAUUGUUUUUCAGCGCAUUUUAAACCACCGCGAUGUGUAUGAUGAUAUGCUGUAUGCGUUUGUGGUAUUGUUGAAGGUAGUGGGCAUACUUAGUGAAAAUCGAUACACUUCCAUGAUGCGCCUUCCAAUAUUUGCUCUAUUGCAAUUUGCAAAGCCUUGCAAUGCUUCCAAUGUCUAUCGCGGUUGUCAGCGCCGUUUUGAGCCACUUAUUGCUGUUUCUCAAAUUGAUGUUACGAUGUCCCGGUUGUUGAAUGCGAUAUCAGCAAAUGUUUUGAUGAAACAUUGGUAAAUAAAGGAGUCGGCUCUCCGA